AUGGUGAGGAUAAAUGAGCAGGGGACCAGCACGGGCUUGGUGCAGAGUGGGGGAGCAUCCUGGGCACCGGCUGCUGGCCAGAGGCACCCCGGGCCAUGUCAGAACUUUGAGCAGGUGACAGAGAGCAGUUGUCACAGCCUCAAGAUGCUGAGCCUGAAGCUCCCCCGGCUGUUUCGCAUCGACCAGGUGCCCCAGGUGUUCCAUGAGCAGGGCAUCCUCUUUGGCUACCGGCAUCCGCAGAGUUCCGCCACGGCCUGCGUCCUCAGCCUUUUCCAAAUGACCAAUGAGACCCUCAACAUCUGGACUCACUUGCUGCCCUUCUGGGCCUUCAAGGCUCGGCCCCGGCAGCCUCAGCGGCCCCUACCCACGGCCCCCUCCAAGCCCCCGGACCGGGAGCCCCUCCAUGUGGCUCUGGGCCCCAGCCUGAUCUUUGGAAUAACAGGCUCAGCCAUCGCUUACUCUGCCUAUUCGAUCCCCAACGUGAUGGUGAACACCACCUUCCAUGACUACUACGUGCCCCUGGCCGUGCUGAACACCAUCAUCAGCACCGGCCUCUCCUGCUACUCCAGGUUUCUUGAAAUCCAGAAGCCCGGGCUCUGCAAGAUGCUUCGCGUCCUUGCCUUUGCUUAUCCCUACACCUGGGACUCCCUUCCCAUCUUCUACAGGCUGUUCCUGCUUUCGGGGGACGGUGCGCAGAAUGAAGCCGCCUUGUACCACCAGAAGCACACGGCCAUGACCCUCCUGGCCUCUUUCUUCUACUCCGCACACCUGCCAGAGCGCCUGGCGCCUGGCCGCUUCGACUACAUCGGUCACAGUCACCAGCUGUUCCACGUGUGUGUGAUCCUGGCCACACACCUGCAGAUGGAAGCCAUUGUUCUGGACAAGACUCUGAGGAGGGAAUGGCUCCUGGCCAACUCCAGGCCCCUGUCUUUCCCUCAGAUAGCUGGAGCUGUACUUCUGUGCCUCAUCUUCAGCCUCAGCAACAUAAUUUAUUUCUCAGCUGCUCUGUAUCGGAUUCCUGAGCCAGAAUUACAUAAAAAAGAAACAUGA